CUCUCUCCUACAGUAUUUUGCACGCUCAACCCACAGAGCAUCUCUUAACACACAUGCACAUACUGCUGGCAUUCCUUCUCCUCUCUCUAAUGCUCCCUCCUCCUCCUCCUCCUCCUCCUUGUCCUCCUCCUCCCAUCUCUCUCUCUCCAUCUCGGUGUCUCGUUCAGGGCAGUUCGUUCGUCAGAGCGCUGUAACAGAGUGGAGUGUGUCUUCGCUGUGGUGCGUGUCUGUCCAGAGAAACGAUCGCUGUGACAACAGAGAGGCAGAUAAAGAGAGAGAGAGAGAGAGUAAGGGAGAGAGAGAUCCAGAGGCAGGACUGAGUGGACCGAGAGAAAGCAGCAUUCCUGACCACCACGGACGAACUAAGAGGCACCGACAGUGUAAUUUCUGCUACAUCCCAGCCACAGAAGACCACAGCUGUUCAAACAGGUUGACACAUAACUGAAGACACAGACAGAAAUCUCACCCACUUCGUCAACAUCCUAAGCUCCACCCACAUGCUACUGCUGUCACCUGGAAAGAACAAGAGAACAUGUUGCCUGUGGGGAGUCCAACACUAAUCCUUAUUCGUCACCCACCAUUAGCAUCAUCGUUGCCUACUUACAUUCUGUCUGGACAGCUCUCCCAUGUGUAGCUUACAUGAACACCGGUUUUGGCGCGAGCUCUUGCGCAAUUUCGGAACAAGAUCUGCUUUCUAGCGUCCUGAGAUUUGGAUACAGAGCACAACAAAGAGCGAUCGCCAGGGCAACGCAGGUCUCUUCUCUCCGACCAGCUGGCUGUACAUGGAGACCCCCAGUUGGGCAGUCGUGCCUUCCUGCUGUGGAGAUCAGCAGAUUACUUCUCCCGAAACCAAGCCAGGAAGUGGUCUGUGCAAACCAGGAACCAUUGCUUUGUUUGGUAACGUGGUGUACAGCGGGCUGCUCAACGACCACUUCUGGCACUUUGGGGUUCCCCUCGUCACCAGACUGGGUAACCAAGAGGCCCCAGCUCCCCCUGAAGCCAUGGCUCAACCUUUUCCGCCAGCCCAGUACCCACCUCCACCACAGAAUGGGAUCCCCACUGAGUACACCACACCCCACACCCACCCCCCGCCCGACUACACGGGACCAAGCACAGUGGGCGAGCACACCCUGACGCUCUACACGCCGACGCACACGCAGAGUGAGCAGUCAGGAAAUGACAGCAGCACCCCAGCCCUCACAGCCAACACAGUAACGCAGGCAGAGGAGGUUGCACAGACGGAGGGCUCCCAGCAGCUCCAUAUGCAGCCCAGCGAUUCAUCAGAGAAGCAGCAGCCCAAGAGGUUACAUGUCUCCAACAUCCCUUUUCGUUUCCGGGACCCUGACCUCCGGCAAAUGUUCGGGCAAUUUGGCAAGAUUUUAGACGUGGAGAUUAUUUUUAAUGAGCGAGGCUCCAAGGGCUUUGGGUUUGUAACAUUUGAAACAAGUGCAGACGCUGACCGUGCACGGGAGAAACUAAAUGGUACAAUCGUAGAGGGACGCAAAAUAGAGGUCAACAACGCCACAGCCAGAGUAAUGACCAACAAAAAGGUGGCAAAUCCGUACACAAACAGCUGGAAGCUGAAUCCAGUGGUUGGAGCAGUAUAUGGUCCUGAAUUUUAUGCAGUGACAGGCUUUCCAUACGCCAGUACUGGAGCAGCUGUUGCCUAUAGAGGGGCCCAUUUGAGAGGGAGGGGCCGCGCCGUCUACAACACGUUCCGUGCUGCACCUCCUCCUCCACCUAUCCCUGCCUACGGAGCCGUGGUCUAUCAGGACGGCUUUUAUGGGGCAGAAAUAUAUGGGGGCUAUGCAGCCUACAGAUAUGCCCAGCCAGCUGGUACUGCUGCAGCAGCUUACAGUGACAGUUAUGGCAGAGUCUAUGCAACAGCAGACCCCUAUCACCAUACGAUUGGUCCUGCCGCCACAUACAGUGUGGGCACUAUGGCUAGCCUUUACAGAGGAGGGUGCAGUCGCUUCACUCCCUACUAGAAAAGAGGGAUACUCGCCCCCUGUCUUUCCCCGCAAAACAGACAAAAAAAUGCAACAAAUGAAAUCACUAAACAGUCUUCACCCACUUCAUGGAAAAUGAGAAACAAAAAGCUUCCAGGUGGCAAAUGUGACCAUGAAACGCAGAAAUCAUUCUCAAGUUGCUUUCCCAUUCACAAAGUUAUCAUUUAUUGAUGUAAUACACAUAUUUUGGGAAAAAAACACUUUGUUACAAUGUGUUGUCUUGAAUGUAUUUGCAAUGAAAUGGCUGUAGUGGAAAAGGAGAAUGAUGGUCAAUGUGAACAACAUGGAAUUAUAGUUUAAUGGAAUUUAAAGGAAACUUUUCAUCUCCUUUCUUACUCUUGUCCUCUUUAAGUUACUGGUCAGCAACUCAGCUCCUUUGGACUGGCCAUUUGCACUGGAUUCCACCUCAUUUCCCUGUUUUUUAUUUUAUUUAUUUUAUUUAGUGUUUCCUCUGUAUACACUGAGAUCACUAAUCCUAAACUCUUCUUGCUUAAGCGGUACAUUUUAGAUUGGAUUUAUCAAGUUAAUUGUGCCGCUAUUCCAACCCAUUAGAGAGGUGGCUCCAUUUAAGAGAGCCGGUAACUGGAGCUGAGUUUCAUACUAACUUAAAUGGACUCAGAGCCAUUCAGCCUAAAAGAGGUGAUUCUGCAUCAAAAUGGCUACCAGGAAAUGAUGCAUUAUGUGACCCAGAAGGUGAGUGGAAGAGUGUGAUGUAUUACGGAAUCUGAAUGCACCAGGAAGUGAUGUUAUAGCCGGGUGUGAAGAAAGAGCGAUUGCAGCCAUUGCAAAAUGGGCGGCAGUGUGUUCGAGCCUAUUGAUCAUUGGCACAGUGCCAGAGGCAGGAGGUAUCCCAUUACUGCUGAAUGACUUUAAAGGAAAAAACCUUAUUUCCACAACAAAUCCUCACAUGGUUUAUGUCUCCUCACAUCCUGUACAUAAAAGCAAUAAUCACAGAUUUUCUCUUCACACAUGCAGGAAUACUGGCGUAGAUUUUUAACAGUGGAAAUUGAUUUGUUUUUAUUUAUUUAUUAUUAUUUUACUUUUAAUAUUUUUAUGUGGUUAUGUUACAGCUGCAUGAUCACUGUGGGGCAGAAAAACAUAACUAACAGUGUGCAUACUUUGAAACUGUUGAUAUUCAAUAUGUUGCUUUUAAAACAUAAAACUUGUGAGGAAUCCAUAUUUCCUCAUCUUUGCUGACACCUCCAUACUUUUUAGUCCUAAGAAAAAGCUGACAUUCCCAAUUACAAAUAUGAGUUGGUUUUGAAAUGAGCAAUAUUUACAAGUGAGAAAUUGGUAAUUACGGUAAGUGUGAUAUGUCAUAAAGGCAGCAUAAUCCAAGUGUUUUCACGUGUAAUGGUUUUUUUUUUAAAUGUAAAGAAAUACAAAUUAAAGUUUGUAAAAGGUAAAAAAAAAAAACAUACAGCAGGAUGAAAUACACUUAAUUAAAUAAAUUAAAAGCAUUACAGGCAAGGUGAAGUGAAAAAGACUAAAACGUACCUUAUUAAAUAAAACAGUUUGAUUAAAAGAUGUAGAAAAACAACAAAUGGAGAAACAUCAUUAGUGUCAUCAGACCUGUUAGUAGAGAUGUGGGCAGGUCUGGAAAUAAGAGGUCUCCAGCAGCUGAAGACAAAUAACUGGCUCUUUAGCUGCUCCACAUUCCACCUUCCAGGAAUCCCAAAAACUAAAACUGGCUGUAAAACGAUAGAUUUAAAGGUAUUUUAUUUUGAAUGUCUGAAUGUUUCCCUACCUGAGCAUGAAAAGGAUGAGAAGUUUCUCAUUCCAGUUUGUCUUUUUAGUUUCAAAUUUCUCAAAGUCAGUUCAUUAAAUGACUCCUGUAGCGCUACACUAGAACUCAGCGUCAUUUUAUACAACCGUCUACUGUUUAGUGAAUCAUGUGCAAAUUAUACCAGACUAAGUAACCCGUUUUUAGCACGAGACAUAUCAGAUGACUCUGUUAUGACAGCUGCUCAUUAAUCCUGUAUAUCUGUGUCUCCUUUACAUUUAUUUUCGCAAAGUAGCUUGUUUUUUGUUUUAUUCUUUAAAUGCAUUUUGGCAGAAAAACUGUCAUGUGACCAUUUAUUAUAUGAGAUAAGGAAGGAAUAAAAAUUAAAUAGUGGUUGUAUCAUUGUGUUUUAUUAGUUAUUAUUUAUUAACUGUAAUCAAAGUGUGUUCCGAACAAGUUGCUCUUCAUUUUUUAGACAAUUAUAUAGGUUCCACAAGACUCUUUCUAUUUAUUGAGCUGCUGUUCUUACACGUCGCUGUGAUUGGCACAGCUGUUUCAGAGUAACGAGACCAGUGAUGCGAUUGGCUGAGAGUGAAUUUACAAUCAACAUGUCCUCCAAUUUAAAUCCUACUUCAGGAAAGCCUUUUUUACUCUGUGUUGCUGCACCGAAAUGAAUUAAAAUAAUAGGCGACAUCUCACCGUGUCAUGCAUGAAACACAAAUAUGGUGUUUCUUUUCAUCAGUUAAAUUUGUCAAAGUAAUAUUAGUCCUAUGGGACAAUGGUACGAGUCAAAAAAUUGAUCAAAUGAAACACCAGCUCAUCAAAACACUGCUCUGCCUCAUGUCAUUACCAUCAAAAUCUAGUCCGCUACAUCAGCGAAGUAGUCCCUAACAUGCACACACUCUUACUGCACAGCUUAGAUAUCACACUAAAAGCAACACAUGCAGCACUCCUAAUAUACCCAAGCCACACUCCUUCUCCUCUAGUCGCACACACACACAAACUCUGCCACCAGUAAAUAGCUAUCUGCUCCUGUUGUGUCUGAUGUGAUCGUAAAGAGGGGAGUCAGUAGUGCAGGAAGAAAGGGGAGUGUGAAGAAAAGCACCAACCAAGGCAAUUUACCCCACAGAUUAGAGAUAAGAGAGUUCAGUCAAUAAGCACUGAUCUCAUUUGAAGAUAUACCAGACUGACUAGGCUCACACACACACACACACACACACACACACACACACACACACACACACACACACACACACACACACACACACACACACACACACACACACACACACACACAUUCACAGUAGCUGGUCUGUUGCUGCCACUGCUGUCUCUUCUCUUGCUGUCUUGCUGUUUCCAAUAAGGAUAAGGCUAUUGUUAUAGUAAAUAUGUAAGGAACAAAUCUCCCCCUCCCUGUCUAAUCAAACGCCUUCAUCGUUUUUCCUUACACAGACUAAAUGUGACCUUAAUCUAACACUUCAGCAGCCUCUUAAUAGAAUUAUUUGUAUUAAGUUUUGCACUUCUUCAGUGUAUUGGUCCAGACAAAUUAUAAUACAAUGCCAGUUUAAACAAACACUCUAUAGACGUUGCAAUAGGAGGAGAUGAUGUGACGCUCUAUGCAUUUAUUGCUCAAUCCUCUUUUGAGACAGCCAGCUGUGUCAGUAUAUAGCCACUGGCUGUGUUUGUUGAACCUGUGGCUGUGGAUUAUUGCUCAUACAACAGCGAUAGGUGAAUCGAAAGUCCUAUGGAUGUGGCUUCCAUAGUUGUAUACUGGUGACUCUUUGCUGGACUAUUAAAGGGCUUAUUUCAAUCUAGCAUAUUUCCCAAAAACAACUACUGGGACCCCAUGGGUUGUGGUAGCAUUCAAGCAACAAAAGGACUUGUAAAUGAUGCACAAAACAGAAUAUUUUUGUUGCAAGCAGGACAAGCCUCGUACAGAUGUGAUAUUUUUAGAUGAACCAUUUCAAACACUGCUAUUCUAGCUAACUGUGAUGUGCACCAUUGGAAGAUCUUGAAAUUUUACAUGUUUGAACAAAGGCAUGGAAAGACAGUUUGGCAGGGUAGCAUAGAAGGGUCCCUAUAUAAAAAUACAGCUCUACCUUUACUGGUAAAUGGAUUAAUUACAGUUUUUAUCAUUGUAUUAAUACACAUUUUCCCAACUUUCUUUAUGAUGAACAAGAGUAACAACAGACCAGCAAUAAAACUACACAGAUGCAAUAAAUUUACUUUUGGUUUAAGCUUGAAUACCAACUAAGCAAGACAAUUUGCACAUGUAUCAUCAAGUUUUCACGAAUAUCUAAUGUAAUGUUUUGUAUUACCAAUAUACAGACAUUAUCUGAAAAACAUUUUAUUUUACUCAAUAGAAUUGUAUGUUGCAUCACUGGAAAUUCUAUGGGCAGUGAAUAGAAACCUACUAUAAGGUCAUGCAGCAGAGUCAUCUGUCUCCCUGUUUUUAUCUUUUUGUGGAAUCAGAUUUAUGACAAAAUGAUCAAACAAAUUUCUCAAACUUCGAACUAAAGUAAGAAUUUGAGCGAGGAUAAAACUCAAGGAAGCAAGAAAACAAAUCGUCUUACACGUAUAAUUUAUAGUUACAAGUUUUGCUUUUCAAUUUGUUAGAUUUGUUUGAUUUUAAAAGAAGUUAAUUUUUACACAAAUCUGAUUCCAUUCAUUCUCUUUUAAAGUUAUGCAUUCAAACAUACCCGUGUUUAGCAGUGCCACACAGCACCUGUAUAUAUUUAUAGCACCUUCAGCUCCAUAUGUAAGAAAAACACAUUACAACACAAUAGCAUGUGUGUCCCACCAGAAAUAUUAGCACAUCUGCUCUUAUUUUUACAAUUUAAAAGAAUGCAGGUGCUUGUUUCACACUACGGUACUUUUCUAUCACAAACACAUAAAUGGAAAACCGUCCUUAUCCUCACAUAUUAAAUUCUGUAGUGGUUGACCAGAGUGUAAUGUUGAAUUAUACAGCCCACUGCAGCCCCAGUUUAGUUCGCCUUAGAGCAGGGGUGUCAAAUGUAUUUUAGUUGAGGGGCCACAUUCAGCCCAAUUUGAUCUCAAGUGGGCCAGACCAGUAAAAUCAGAGCACAGUAACCUAUAAAUAACGACAACUCCAAAUUUUUCCUUUGUUUUAGUGCAAAAAAAUACAUUCUGAAAAUGUUUACAUUUAAGGAAUGAUCUUUUUACAAAAUAUCAUGAACAACCUGACAUUUCUGAAGAAAAAUCUAUUUAAUUUCAGCAAUAUUAUGCCUCGGUUUAUCAUUUGCACAUUACAACUUACAGAUCAAAGAGUGUCUGCAAAGGCAUAAAACGUUUAGCCACAGGUAUCUGGAACUGAACAGUCUAGAAUUUUACUUUAGGAUCAAAAUGAUAAAAGUCAGACAAAAACAGACAAAAUAUUACAAAUAUCAGAUGCAAAAUGACAAAAAUGAGACACAAAGUGACAAAAAAAUUAGACAAACGACACGAAACAAAAGAAAAAAGAGACAAAAGAUUAGACAAAACAAUUACAAAGCAAUAAUAAAAUGGACAAAAACAAGAGACAAAGUUACACAAAUAACACAAGACCACAAAUGACAAAAACAAGAAACAAAACAACAAAAGUAGACUAACAACACAAGCAAGACACAAAACUACAAAAACGAGAAAGAAAUGACAAAAACAUGAGACAAACAAUAAAAGUCAAACAAAAAAAUCAAGACAAAAAAUUGCAAAAAUGACACACAAAAUGACACAAGAGCAAUGAGCAAUCUAGUGUUUUACUUUAUGAUGAAAACAACUUGCCAUGGUCUAGAAGUAAUUUUAAAUUUAUAGUUUUAUAAAUUUACAAUUGCAGUUAAUGUCUUUUUGUAAUUUUUACAUUUUCCAAAGUCAUCCCGUGGGCCGGAUUGGACCUGCUGGAGGGCCGGUUUUGGCCCAGGGGCCGCAUGUUUGACACCCCUGCCUUAGACACCAUUCCAGCGUUCACAGCUUCGUCUUCCCAUUGUGAUACUUUGUGUCCUUUGACCUCAGCAGCAUUUGUGACGAGAGCUGGGUUAAUUAGCUGUUAUAUGAAGCUGCAAUGACAUAGAUCUGUGCCUAGGAAGUCUAUUACACAACUCUACAUUAUGAAACCAUCCAGAACACAAAAUAUUACAAGAAAAUACUCAUUUAUUCCAAGGUAACACAAGAGUAUUGUAAAAGAAUGCAAAACUAGCUGAGAAAAAAUACCUCCUUAUGACUCUUGCGCAGCUCUCCAGUACUCUGUAGUCACUUUUAAUAGUAUUUUUAUUAGGAAACCACAGAGACGGUGCCACAGAAAGGCUAGGGAUUGCUUAUGCAUUAAUAAGUUAUUCAAAUGUCGGUGACAGAGUGGCACAGUUAAGUAGCAGACAAAAAUGGCUUGAUUCUUCUAGCUAACAGGAAGCUAAACUCACCAUAGAACAUGUUCAUGUAUUUUAUAGGGCAAACUGUACAGUCAGUGGUAAUGGGAUAUCUAUUGCUUUACAUAACCAUUAAUGUAAAUAAAAGUCUGGUGUUUUUAUUUAUCUAUGCUCUUCCAUGCACUUUACAAUUUUUAAAUGUAUGUUUGUCUUUGGUUGUGAAAGUCAUUUGCUGGUAUUUGUGUAUCAUAGAGAGAAAUGUAAUAGCUUAGUAUUUAUUCGUCUGUUGUUUACAGUGUUAUUAACAAUAGGUCCUUAAGCUACAGAAGAAAACAAUAGAAAUCCUCUAUGUUCAUACCUUUCUAUAGGUACAGUCAUUUCAAAGUGGAAGUUGUUUUUUUGCAUAUACAGACAAGUGACGAAUUAAAGGAAAUAUCAUGAACCUUUAACACUACAGGGAGGAGAUCCAGCAGCCCUUUUCAGCUGUGGGAGGCGUCUUUCUGGCAUGGUUUGGGUCCAUAUAUUGAAGGGAACUUAGGGGCUUUUCCAGACUGACAAAGCCCCUAUCUAUAGGGCAUGAAGGGUCACUGAAUGAUUUGAUGAGUAUGAAAAUGAUGUCUGGCCUUCACAGUCACCAAAGCUCAAACCAGUAGAGGAGGUUAGAAGCAGAUUGGUCUAACCCACAAAAAAUCUGAGGUGGGUUUUGGAUCAUUUCUGUCGUAUUUUAUGGUCUAGGUUUUAGUGGCAAAGUGGUCUAACCCACAACCCAAAAGUAGCGUUACAGUGAUGCUUUAAAUGUUAGACAAUUCUUGAGAACACUAAAUUUUGGGAUAGACCACUCUGCUUCCAAACCCUUCAAUUGAUCACAGCCCUCCAGUGGACUUCCUGAGACUUGCAGAAUCAAUGUCAAGGUGCAGUGAAGCUGCUCUGUCAGCACAUUGUGUCCCAACACCACACUGAAACGCUUUGUGCUGUUUUUUUUUUCCUUUAGUUCGUUGUCACUCUGUGUUUUACAGUCCCUAUUCAUAAAGAUGAUAUACUCAAACAAAUUACAUGAAAUUGACAUUUUGCAGCCACUGUCAAAAUUUAAAUACAUUUAGAAAAAGAUCAAUCACAUUUGUUAACAUCCAUAAUUAGAUUAGAUUAGAUUAGAACCUCCUUAGGGAUUGACAGGUGUAAGCUGUCUCAUUUAAACCUCUGGCAUCUCGUCUCUGGUGUUCUCUUUGCCAUUGAAGUGCGUGGUGUCAUUCUGUCAAGGAUUAAAGAGCUCUCUAAGGCCUUCAGAAAGAAAAUAUAUGGAUGUCUAUGGCAAGGGAUGUAAAAGGUUGUUUUAAAUAGAUCAUUCCACAAAUGGCGUGGACUUCAAAUGGCUGUGAAUUGUCCAGCACUAGCUGUCCCAACAAUGUCACAGGACCAGACUGUUUAAUGCCAAAAGAAAUGUCCAAGAACCCCAAAAUUUCAUUAUAGGAUCUGCAGGCAGCAACUGGAGUUGAUUACAUUAAAGUGCUGCAUCUACAGUCAGAAAGAGCCUUUAGAAAAAAGUCACAUGAAACUCGCAUUCUCACAUGGGAAUUUCAUGUGAUCUGCCACAGUGCUGCAACGUAAUGGGACACACAGGAGACAUGCCAUACCAUGCAGAGCUCAUAUAGAUAACAUGUAACUACAGCUUAUAAUGUGUAGAUCACGUGGAAUUUUUUUCCCGUAUGUUGUAUAAUGUUGUCUAAGAUUCAUCAUUAUAUAUUUAAGAAGUCAAGUAAUGUGUGGACCAUUUUCCAGGUGCAACAGCUCAAAGGUAGGACAGGGAAAUUAACCUGAAGCUUGCAUUCACCCAUGUGAAAUUCAUGGGAUUACUUGUGAAAUCCAGGGAAAUACAUGUUGGAUCAAUGUAAUUUCCCAUCUAAAACCCAUUAGAUUGUACAUGGAACUCAUGGGAUUACAUUUGAAAUGCACUCCCAUUAAAAUUACAGGUGAGACACAGAGUCCAGUAAAGGUUGUGCUUAGCCCUGCCUGCUUUCCCACAAGCCGAUGUCAAAGACUGGUGGACAAUUCUACCAAACAAGAAGUUGUUUCUGUGAGCAAUGCUGACUUCUUACGCCAAAUGCAUACUUACUUGGUCCAUAUUUACUGACAUUUUUGUUGAAAAAAAAUUUAAAAUGCCAUUUUUUCUUCGUGGUCAUGUUCAAGUAUAUCAUCUUUACCAGCAGACAAUGUAUCAAAGAGGCCAAAAUGUUUUCUUGUCCAAAAAUGUCAAAAAAAGCAAUGACUUCCACUACGUACUUAUCUACAUGACUGUAUAUAUGAGUAGUGUGGAGUCUGACAUCAGCAACAUUUUAUAUGGCAAAAAAACGGCUUUAACUUGAGCUGAAUUUCUUUGUGUGUGUCUAUGGUUGCAUUACUGUGUGAGGUGUGUUUUGUUAAACCAUAAGCCGACCAAUGUCUUCAGCAGUUUUUCCUAAAUAACUUCUAUGACUUCCAGCUCUCAGGCUAGACACUCUAUUUUUUUCUUUGUAAUUUUUUUAAGUCUGUCUGGUUGAGCUCGUUUCAGUUGGGAAAAUGGAGAGCACAAAUUUAAAUAACUUGGUUUUGGGCCAUAACAGUUACGUCACAUUCCCAGGUUUCCGCCAUCUUCCCAAAAAGAAGUAAAAAGUCUUCACAAAUUACAUAAAUACAUUUUACUUAAUAGAAGUUCCAUGUUUUAUCCAUCUUGUCAUCCUUGUUAACUGAAUGUUAAUCAUCAUGUCAGUCAUCAUGUCCUUCAGACCCGAUGCUCCCUGUGUUAGCUGAAGACAGUCUGGAGAUUGCUUGAGCUUUUUGGUGGGAAUUUCAGGCUGCUUCUGUUUUAGUUAUUUGGUUUUCAUGACUGCAUAAAAAGCCAUUAAAUAAUUUCUAGGCUUUGUAAAUGCAGUCAUUUGUAAGAUGGUACCACGGGCGACCAUCCAAACACAAAAUAGGUGACUGUAAAUUUGUCUUCUUACAAGAUACAAGGUGAGCAACAUAUCCACAAAUUCCCUUUUGGAAGACUUCAACAUGAGUUUUAAGUCACCAACAAUAUGCACUGGAUCUGCUUUUCAAACCCUACUAUUCAAAUCUUUAUUGACACAUCCAUCCAGUCUGACCUGCUUUUUUUUUUUUUAGUGUUUGCUUCUCAGCUCUAUAACAGCUUAACACCACUUCCAGUUUUGUUCCUAGUUGGAAACAAUCAUAAAUAAUUUGACCAUUAGAGUUUGUAAUUGCAACAAUUUCAGGGAGAAAUGGUGCAUUUUCUGAAAAACAUCCAGGGGUGCCAAUACUUCCGUCCAUGACUGUACAUGGAGACCAUUUACCACAGCUUUCUUCACUUUUGAAGCCUAAUGCGAUGGCUGUGGCUAUCACUAUGCCUGAUUCCACCCAACUGUAGGCUAAUCCAUAAAUUAUUCAAGAGUAUGAACAUGAAUGGAGGUGAAGUUGGCCACGUAAGCAUUUCUGGGCUACAGACUGUUGUCUGACAGCACCCAUCUGUCAGUCAAAGAGGCCACACCCCUCACUAUGCAUAACUAUAAGCUUUAAUACAAUUUAAAUGGGUGAGUUAUAUAAAAAUUCACCCCUCGUAGAGCUGUUAUAAAAUUAGCUAUAGAGACCAAAAUCAUGUUUUGUACCAGGCUGUAAAGUUGACCAUUUUAACAUGGGGGUCUCUGGGGAUUGACUCACCUUUGGAGCUAGCCUCAAGUGGCCAUUUGAGGAAAUGCAAUUUUUGGCGUUUCAACGCUGGCUUUAAAGCUCGUGUCCGGAGUUUCCGUUUGUUUUCAAUUUAUGUACCAUUGUUUAACAAAGCUUAAAUGUGUUAGUCUAGUUCGAUACUAUAAUAUAAAGUUAGUAUAACGCAAUAUGAAAAUUUAUUCCUGAGCUCCGCCUUCCUCUCAUAGACCCCCAUGUUAUUCCAAAAGCGCCGGUCGCUGCCGGCCAAUCAAGUUCGAGCUUCAGCUUUGUCAUGCUGUCAAUCAACAGUUACGCGCACAGCAAGCAAGCCCAUGCAGAGGUGGGCGAGCUACGCACUACGCAACCUCGCGCAUAUUUGUUUUGCUUGUGGAGGAGAGAGCAUCAGGGCUCAGCAACUUCCAGAAAAGUUACCAAUCCCACGGCUUGUCAGGCCAAGAGACUGCAGGACGUUUUUUGGCUUGGGGUGCUCGCGUCACUCCCCGAUCACGGCCUCCAUAGCCCGCCUGACGGCUUCGUUUAGAUGCCCGACCUCUGGAGGAAGAUGUUGGGGCGUCUGGGACAUACUCUUUGUCAGAGGAGUCAUGCAAUUCUGAACUCUAGAUAGAAAUAAAUAAACAAUGUAACACAUAUACACGCGUAAAUGCACUAAGUUUGAUAAACAACGUCAUCGACAGGGAUACACGAGUGUAAUCACAUAUUGAAACUUUACUCGUUCGUCCUAGCAGAUUCAUGUUAUUUUGGUAUUAGGACAAGUUAGACUCAAUACAGCAUUCUAACAUAAUUCCUUUAUUAUUUACUAAAUGUACUAAAUGUAGAAGAGGGGAAAACAGCAAAACAGGCGAGAUGCUGCAGCACUCCGGGUACUCCUCUUGGGUACUGCGCGCGUGCACAAAUAAAGGGGCGAAAUCAGAGGGAGGGAGGGUGGGACCAACAGUGUUUUGGGAGACGCUGCGAUUCAAACUCCGGACACGAGCUUUAACUUUCAGUCCAAAUAGUGCCACUUAGAAGAGACAAAAGACAGUAAGGCCACCUAAAUCUACAAAAGCAAGUCCAUGGAACAAUCUACCAGCUGAGUAGUGGUGCUGUUUUAAAGGCAAAGGGUGCUUCAACCAGGUAAUGAUUAGAUUUAGUUUUUUGUUGUUUUGAUUUUUUUGGUUACUGCUCUUGGUACCAUCAUUUUACUUCAUUUUACUUCUAGUAUAAACUUUCACAUACAGCAUAUAUAUGCAGUGUUGGCUGCAUGUUUGAAACCCAUUCAGUGGACCUCCAGAGCCCAUUUGUCCUGUAAAUGACAAAAAACUGAGCCAUUUACGGCACAACUUUCUACUGCGUCUCCACUCGCAAAACCAUACAGACUUUCCUCUGUGGGAUUGUUCUCUGACACAGCUGAAGUUAGCACACUCUUCAGUUAACAGAGCAGGCUUCUGCUAUGAGAGCAGCCACAGGGGAGGCAACUUAAAGGCCACAUCUUUUACAUAGAGCCGUUGUAUUCUUCCAUUCAUCGCAGUAACAUUCUGAGCAGAAGCAGAGUUUAAGUGCACAUUUAUUUGCUUUUUCCAGAGGUUUUUUUUUUUUACAUCCAUCACCCAUAGAUUCUUUGUGCUCUCUUUUUUCUUCAGUUUACAUGAUUUUUAGAGACACGUUUUAUAUGAAGAAGUGUUCAAUUCUUUGUAGUUCUUGUGCUGUGCGUGAUUUUUGUUAAUUUUUUUGUAUUUUUGUAUAUGAUCUACAGUUUGGUAAUUGAUGGUUUAUUCUGAAGCUAUUGCAAAGAUUUUCUGUCACAUUUUCCUUUGUAUUUCAGAUUUUGUCAUUUCCCAUAUGCUCACAUGCCAGAGUGUGAUGCAUAUGAACCAGGCUGCAUGUUUCUGUCGGGCAUCCGAGAAUCUUCCCGUUAUCCCAGUACCAGUGAAUGCAGCACUGGCUUUUCUUUGUUUUACUGUCUCUAAUAUGCAAACACGCUUAUCAUAUUUACCGGUUUAUCAUCAUAUCUCCACAUACUUUUUCUUUAAAAAGACACCUGUGAGGUUUGCACUUCUUUUCAAAAAUGUUCAUGCCUACACUAACUGAAACUGAUCAGAUUCUGGUUUUUAAACGUGACUGAUGACACUUUCUCUUCUCUCAACUCCAGAGCUCUUGCUGAAGCAUUGUUUGUUUAAGAAUUAUAGCAGAUGACUUAACUACAAAUGAACACACUCCAAUACUGAAACGAGCAGAUGUAGAAAAGUCUGAGGGGAAUUUUGUGAAGUUAGAGGGGAGGGCAAGUGGUGUGGGUGGUGACCAGCUAUCUGUUGGUUCAGGGAAGGUCAGCGGGCACAGACUUCACAAUUCAUAAACUUCUGCUUGAAGUAUUUAUGCAAAGUGAAUAACACAGUAUGUUUGUCACCUUGGAUGAAUCCUCGGUUUGGGGCGCUCCACUCAGCCCCUCCUGCUCGUCCUGCCUUCCGUCCUUUCCCAUCCGAUACUCUGAUUCUGUGGGACUCUAAAACUGUGUCUGGGAGGAAACAAGUCCCUGAAGAAGAGACAGGAGGAUGCCACUAUUGGCGGUGAUUGGCGACUCAGUGGAGCUGCUGGACAAGUCAUGUCUCUCUCUGAGUCUCACAGGACGAAGCGACUACAAAGCAACGCUGAAAUUAAAGUCAGCCUUCUGUUCUGCAUUCAACUUCCUCCAGUACAGUCAGACACACACAUACACCUCCUUCCUUCACCUCAACAACUCAUCUCCCAGAAUUAAAGAGGUUGUGUUGAGAACAGAGCCUCCCAGGACGCUCUGCCCGCUGCUGUUCUCCUCCUCUGUCUUCACAUUGUUGCUGGAGUUUGGUGUACGUUGCUGCUCGCUCCCUCACUGGUGAACAUUCAGGACUGUGAUGUACAGAAAACUAUCUGUACACAUUUGGUCAACUUCAAAGGUGCUCAAAAAAUAGCUGUAGUGAGGGUUUGACUGAUUUCAAGGCUGAUGGGACUGGAAGUUUUAACUGACAUUUUUUUGUCGAUACAAAUAUUUGAAUGUUUUCAAUUGGCAGAAGUGCUGGAAAACAGAAAUUCAUAACCUCUGACUGAAACAACUGUAUGAAAAUGUGUGUAAGAUAAUGAUCAAGAUUUAGAAUAUUUCUGUCAGAUAUGUUGGUCCUAGAGUUCGACUACUUAAGACACUUGAUAUUGAGCGAUGUUUUCUAAAUGACACAUGAAAUGUUCAAGUGAUUUGGUAAUGAUAUUUGGUCUUGUAUUCCAAUGAAGUGUUAGAAUACAAAGAUUCUGUAUGUAACUAGACUAAAUAGUGUGGAUUAAGGCUUCACCUCAACAAGGAGCAGGACAUGUCUUCAAAAAAUUCCAUUAACGAAUAGGUUUUCAAAGGUUGUUUUGGAAUUUUUUUAAUUUUUUUGUAAUUCACCGUGUCAACACCGAUAAAAGUGGUGAGCAAUAUUACCAAGAGUUACGUUUUAAAAACCUUCAGCAUCACCUCCUAAAGCAGUCCAUGGUUUUGACAGGUUUUUAUGAUGACAUCAUCAUAGAAAACUGACAAAACAUUGAAGAACAUUUAACAUAUUUACAAUUUCUUUAAAAAAAUAACAGUUUAAUGUCAUGUUAAGGUGUUACAGUUCCAAUAUGUUUAUAAUACAGUGGAUUUGAGUUCAAAUAUUCCAGGUAAAGGACCAUCCACUGGCAUCCGAUACACAAAUUUACAUGAUCACAAAAUAGCAGGAUCACAGUGGUCAGUCACUGUUGUCUCACUAUUAUCAGAUCAACAAACAAAUCGGCUAAAUCUGUGAGUCAAACCCUGCUGAAUGCUGGUGAAGAUGGUGAAACAUUGCUUUGUUCACAUUCAAGUUGUACACAUGCUGUUGUAACUGUUUUUUAAAAACCGACAGUGUGAUCUUACAAUGUUGUUCUGAAACCUCAGUUCUCCAGCAUAAAUGUGUCUUUAUCACUCAGUGAUUGAACAUUAUUUGUUCAGUGAAUGCUAAAUCUGAUCGAUACUGAUGCCGCAGCAGUUUUGAUGUCAUUGUGAUAAAACUACUGUACGUUGUAAAAGCAAAUUCACUGUUCCCAGUGUGGAUCUGUUGUUUAUUUACACUGACUUGCUUGUUCUCUCUUUUUUAGUAAAUAAAAGACUAGAGGGAUGAGUACAGAUGGACACCUGCUAAAAAAAAAGGGAGAAGAACAACGCCGAAACAGAAGGACACUAAAAAAGAACAACCUAAACAAAAAGAGCAGAUUUGUAAAGGAGCCCUUCCAUCAAGGAUGAAAGGGAUCUGAAGGCGUGGACCGAGGAUGUUUCUGGGCCUGCUUUGUGAGGCCAGGGUCUGAACCAGAGUCUGUAGUCCAUGGGGACGAGAGUCUGCUGGCUCUGACCCCUGAAAAACAAGCCUUUGUUGAGUGGAAGAGACCAAUUAGAAAGGUCACUAUAAAACAUUUUAUUUUUUUAAACUUUUUUAGGUUUAUGAUUUCCAAAAAAAAGCAAACACUAAUGUAUGUAUAUACGUAUUAUAUAUUAUAUGUCUGUAAUAUAGUAAGUACGUCUUCAAAAAAAAAAAAAAGAAAAACUUGGGGAAAAUCUCAUGUGUCUUUACAGUUUAAAAGAGGAAGGUGUGGUGAGGAGAUGCCAGUUUCCCCCAAGUUCUCUGAUUGUCACCCACCACACCCCACACCCUUUACCCGCUGCUGGAUGAGGUGGGGGUGAUGGCAAGGGUGCCGACUUCGUGUGUGUGGGUGAGUGUGUGUGUGUGUGGGUGGGUGGGUUGUGGAUCUAUGGUAAGGUGCACGUGUGUGUGAGUGUGUGUGUCUGUGUGUGUGCGUGCGUGGAGGGGGGAGGUGGGGGUCCAGCAGACAUGUCACUAGUCUUCAGAUAGUAAGAAGCUUUAUGAGCCUGUCUUCCACUAAUGGACUGUAGUAGUGUAGUUGUUAUUUUUCUGGCUAGUCUUGUCAAGCAGUCUGCAUUUUGUAGAUUCCAAAAAUAAGCAUAUGAACAAAUAAGUAUACAUUGGUGUAUGCAAAUGAACAUAAGAAAGGAGCAAACUUAUGUGAUUAUUUGACAAAUGCACAAGCUAAGCUAAAGUCCACGGUGAGAGCCAAAAGGUCAGUAGUAGACGUGUCUGCCAGAGGCCAGUCGGCCCCUGACAUCACUACCAAACAUGUCAUUACAGUGUUGUGAUUUGAGGUGGCUGUGCUGUGUAGUAAAGUGCUUUUGUACACUGUGUUGGGUUGGGUCGGGUCGGGCAGGGGUGGGCAAAGAGAGCAGUCUAGCAAAUAGGAAAAUGGGAGCUGUCUGCUUCACGUGUCAUUGGAGACUCUCCCAUCCAUCCUUGAACACAGUUCUCAGCUUUCACUACUGAGAGGGGAAUGGUGGGAGAUGAGGGGUGGGGGGAGACAAGUUUAAAGUAAAAAAAAAAAAAAAGGUCACAAGAAAACAAAGUUUUACUAAGAGUCUCUUUAAACCUUUCUAUUUAUAUGGAUCUCUACUUUAGUGACAUCCUUCUAUAUUUAAACAUUGUACUAAUAACAUGCUGUCAGGCAUGGUCGGAGAGUCAAUUGUAGCCAUUUACUAAUGUUGUAUUAAUUGUAUUACCAGUAAGAAGAAAAACAUUUAUAUAUGAAUAUAGAUAUAUCUAUUUGUGAUUUGCAACUCUUGGACAUAUGUUUGCCUUUGAUUUUCAACUUUCAUGCAGGAUUCAAUGCACUGUCGACUAACGAUGAGGUUUCUACUUGUGUGAUGUUUGUUUCUGUUGUUUUGUUUGAUUUGGUUUCCCCUCUGUUCAGCUACUGAAUGUAACUUCAAAAACUUUUUAGGUAGAUGAUGUUGUUUUAUAUAUACUUCAAAAAAAACAUACGGUACUCUGUACAUUGUAUACACAUGUAAAUGAUACAGCGAAAUGUUUCUGAUAAUAUGCUGGACUUCCUUUUCUGCUGACCCAGACAGACUGUAAUGUCCAACCUGAAAGACGAAAGAGCGAUGAAAGAGUAAAAACGGCUAAAGAUGAGGGAAGCAUUUAAAAAGAACACUAGUGCCCUGCAGCCAGUAGGAAGCCGGUGGGAAAAACAGAAAUGUGUAAUCAUUACAGGACCAGUCAGAAUUUUUCUUAACCAGGCUUUUCACAUUUGAGAAGAACAAGGAGAAAGCCUCCUGUCCUGAGUGGGAGAAAGACAGAGGGAAGGGGGGAAGAUGAAAGGACAAUUUUUUGAAUUAUUGUUUUUUAUUUCAUUUUUUUCCCCUCGUCUCUUCUUUCUCUUUGUCUUUCUCCCGUGAAUCUCAGAGUUAUCAAGGUGCUGGGGGUGAGUGCUAUGCAGGGCUGAGGAACAUGAGGACGAGGGAAAAAAGGAGGCAUAGGAUGCAGUCCCCUCUGAGGUACAUGGAGUGGACAAAAUAAAGGAAUCUUUCAGUAGCAUGCCAUAAUUUCAACUUAGAGCCUGAUAAAAACCUGCUGAAAUGUCUGCUGGACAGCUCCCUACUGCAGGAUACUCUGACAACUCAAGUCAUUAAUAUUUUGCAGCCCACUUAAAAAACGCAGAUGUUGACCUAGUGAGCUUUCCAAUAGAGAAAAGGGAUUAACUAAUCAAAUUCACCUGCAUAAAUAUUAAGGUUAAGCCUUCUCAAUAUUAUAAUAAAGAGACACCCAGUGAAUGCAGUCAGUCUUUAUUUGAGCAGCAUUUGGUCACAGUGGAGUGAUGAGACCUCCAGCAGAACCAGUCUCAGGGAGGUCGACCAUCUGCUUCAACUAGUUGGGGAGAGGCUAAAGGGUAGCAGAGAGAACGCAACAACAAACAAGACAACAAUAAACACCUGGCAGGUUGGUGGAAGCCGUAAAUCUGAAAUGUGCAGCUCUCGAGCCACAGACGUAGAAGAUACUACCAUGAAAGCAUGUUUGCACAUUUAUGUAGAUUCACAUGCAAACUGUUGCUGUACUACCAUUCCAAUGCGUAACCUUUCUCCCAGCUCUGUAUUUAUUAGCAUUUAGUAGUGUGCAUAGAUGUCACAUCAGCUGUACUUAAACCAGUCAGCUUUAGGUUUAAUAACUCAUUUGUUCUAUGUUCAGCAGAGGACAACUCAGAAGUGUUUUUUUUUCUUAAAGGCCACACUUAGAAUUAACCUAAAUUUCUUUUGCUUCUCCGUGUCAUUUUUUUUUUUAUCUACAUGUGCUAUUUGCAUUACACGUGAAUGUAAGCGACAGUAUGCUAAUGAUCCUGCACCAAAAAGGGUAAAAGAAUAAAACCAACACAAGCUUGAGCCGAACACAGCCGUGAGCACGCCGGCUUUUAUCACAGCUCUUUAUUUACCAGUGAGACAGUUUUAUUUUUGGUAUGCUGAGUUAUUUAAAUCACAUCAAUAAAUAUUUUAGUAAUACAGUUUUGAAAAAUUGAUGUCUUUUCAAGCUGCCAAACUGUUUCCCGGCCUGUGUAGCCACAUUUACAGUUGUAAUUCAAACAUGUUUCUGUUAUUUUGUCCACAUCCUUCAGACCUCAGUGUGUUCCCCCUGGGUGGAUGCCCGCAUUGGUCUGAGAAAGAAUGAAAGGAGGGAAAGCAACACAGUUUAUGGGGAAAAUGUUCAAUCUUCUCCUUUUCUUCCUCACCCAGUUCAGCUUCCCAAAUGAGCAUGGGCCCAGUGCUCUGGUGUUACGGUGGAAUAGAUUUUUGCUUCUGUGUGAAAGGAUCCAGUGUUGCCUCCCAUGUUGCUGCAUUCGGUUCUCUCUCAGUCAUUCAAAGUGCAUGUGUCACAGUGGACAGGAUGGUCGGCUCAUACGGUGAACGAGCGUCUCAAAGCUACUUCAAAGACUCAAUGAGACUAAAGGUGCAGAUGUUCCGAGUGGACGGACUUUUUCAAAAUGCCUGUACACCGACGCCUCUCAGCUAUCCACGGCUGAGCUGCUCAUCUGGGACAACACGUUUGCAAUGGGACGAGGCAGCUGAGACGGACUGCAUAAGACGUGAAGACAGGAGUCAAAAUGGACUGGGACUUUACAGAAAUCAAAAACAAAAAGAAACUAAUGAAAAACAACUAACGAUGUCAAUCUUAGCAGGGAUACAGGUAUCCUCUGAUCUCUGCCGCGUUCUUCUGAUUCUGAAGUUUUUUUGUUUCUUUUGGUUGGAAGACUUUUGUCCUGUUUACAUGUACUGUAAUGCUGUCCAUCCAUUACUGGUUGGAGAGAUUAACAAAAGGUGUGAAGCAGCUUUCAUUCUAGCUCUGGUAUGCCCUCUGGCAGAUUACUGUAACCCUGGGAAAACCCUUCCGUUUAAGCUAGCAUGUCCUCCAUUGCCCGGAUUCCUCCCUAUUCUAUUCAGAAAACCCUGUCUUUAGGUAGAGGGGAAAAAAAACACACCAUAGGAGAGUCCUGACCCUUUUCCUACAGUACAAAAAUAUAUCAAAAAUCCUUGAGCUUCCUACCAAAACCUAUGUGAUCCUUCUGCAAAUCUUACCCCAUGUCUUUGUAUUGUAUGUACCUCAGAUGCAAACCCAAACGCAGCUAUCAUUCUCUAAAACCUUUCUGGAACCAGACCGCGGUGGACCCCUGUAGCGUAGCCCAGCUAGAGACCAACUACAACCCAUAAGCCAAAACCACACCUACCUCCCCUGGUAACCCGCAGACCUCCACUGUAAAGUCCACAGUAUGCUUGUUGCAGAAGAAUGUUUUGGCAGGUUUGCUCAAACUAAAGAACACAUGCAAAUUCCUCCCACACCAUCCCGAACUGUGGAUUCAUUUAGUUGGUCUAAGUAUUUGACAGCAAGAAAAAAAUGGUUUUAAUUAGUUAAUUCCACCUUACAACCAUUAAAUCUCUAAAAUUGGUGAGAAAUCAGAUGAUAAGAUCGUGCUUUUUGUAAAUAUUUUCUGAUAAAUUGACUUGGUACAUUAUUUGUAAUUCGCUCUGACUUAACUGUUUUGGCUUAAGAUUUCCUUUUGAGUCCACAUUGUCAUUUAACAAGGGAUAAGGCUCAGUGAGCACAAAUGUAAGUACUAUGCACCAAGAACAAAAGCUGGAAUUUUUUUAGACUCUAUAGAUGUAUAUAACAUAACCUGUGCAAUCAGCUACUGAAGCAAAUAAAAAAAAAGAAGCAAAUCACUCGCUGAAAAGUUUACCUUUGUUAAACCUGGCAUGAAGACCUGUUGGGAAGUUACAGAACAAUUCCAUUCAACUAAAUUUAACUUGUUAAGCUUCAUAUGUUAUGAUGACUUCAUAUAAUUCUUUUAUAAUUCUGCUGUGUCCUCCUUAUGAGCGUGUGGUUAGAAAAAAGGCCCUCCAAAACCAUUUCUAUGAGUAUUCAGAAAGCUAAACUAGGAUCAAAUGAGCAUUUUCAUUUCAAAAGUACAUUGUUAAGGCUGAGGGACUAUCACUCCCAUGGUUGAAAAAAUAAUACUGACAUAAACUUUGGUCUCUGCUAUUGACGUACACCUUCCAAGCCAGCCUUCUCUAAACAGGACAACAAUAUGACAGUGGGAAAACAUUCUCAUUUGCAAGCCUGCAAGAGAUUAUCUGAAAACAGAACAUUUUUUUUAAUCCAGUGGUCUUUCUUGUGUUGACAUUUAACAAAAGAAAUGCCACCAGGCGCAGGCGUGUGGUAUGAGCACGAAGAAUAGUGACCAUGAGCGUUUCUGCUCUUUGACUGCACAGAACGGUGUCAGUGAGCAGGAAUGCAUGCUUGUACGACAGCAUUUCUACUCCGCAGGCACAAAUGGGAUCCCACAAGAACAUGCUGGAGCGUCACCACACACUCACCGCUGCUCAACACUCGCUCACUCAGCCGAGUUCACUGCUGAGACUUUGCAAGCGAGAUGGUGGCUGAUAACGCUGCUCCUUUGACCGGUUAUAUGAGCUCCAUUGAUUGGUUAUUACAGCUACUUGUAAUUUAGCAAACACCGAAGAACACUGACAGCUUCUUUUUUGUUGUUGUUGUCCAAUAAGGUGGAGCGCUGUGGCCUCUACAGCCGGCCAAAGUAAUUAAAAGUAUCAGCUUCAAGGGAAAGUGAAAAUUUAUUAUUUAACCGGCCAAUACAGAGAGAGAGAAACCGCAGAGAGAUAACGGCAACUAAACAGCAUGGAAUGAAUGUUUGUACUUCCAUCAUGACGGGGUUUUCAUCAGCGUCAAUCAAGAACUGUCAGGUGAUUUAGACAAAUCGGUCAAGGCAGAGGUAGAAUUCAGAGGCAAAUAUGUACUUUCUAUGCUACAUGAUAGCUGUACAGUGGUUAGGGGCGUCACCUUGGAGCUAGAAGAUCCCCGGUUCACAUCCCAGCCUUCCCAGGAUCUUUCUACAUGGAGUUUGCUUGUUCUUCCUGUGCAUGGGUUUUCCUCUCACAGUCCAAAAACAUACUGAGGUUAAUUAGUGAUUCUUAGCUGUCCCUGGGUGUGAAUGUGAGUGUGAUUGUUUGUCUCUAUGUGUAGCCCUGUGAUAGACUGUCCAGAGUGUCCCCUACCUUCUCCUUAACCUCCCAUGACCCUAAUGAGGAUUAAUUGGUGUAUAGAUAAUGGAUGGAUGGAUAUUUGAUAACUGUAAUUACUAGUUAAUUUGCAAAUUACAUUAAUAUUACAAAUACAUUAUGAUAAAUGUUGGAAAUUGAUGUUGAAAAGUCACAGACUGAUGUCUUAUAAUUAGAUUAAGAGGAAAUUUUAUUGGUCCCCACAUGGAAAUUUCCAAACCCAACAGAAAAUAGUCGCAUACAUUACCUACCUAUACAGAAUGUAUGUAAAUUAUAUGAAUUCUUCUCCAUUUAAAUUGUAUGCAACGUGAACAUAUAAUCAGGCGGUAAAACAAAAGCACAUCAACAGACCAUUAAAAACAACUUCACCUGUACCAGCUACAAUAAUGACAAACACAUUAACGCACACAUCAUUUUAAUACUCAAUUAUAUAGUUGUCUUACUCAAAUAAAAAUAUGAAUGCAGGACUUUUCCAUGUAAUUAGUAGCCUUGCUGCUCUCUGGUAUUGUUCAGAUCUACGUUUUUCGUCCACCACUGUCAGGGUUAGAGACUGUGGAUGCUGUAACCAAUCAAAGGAGCAGACUGAUCAGCAUCUUUGCCUGUCUUCAAACUCUCAGUAGUCAUCUUAAUGGCCAAGCAAGUGUGAAGCCGUUUCUAAGGACAGCUGAGCUGGAGAUCCUCAGCCUUGUGCCACAGUUGUGUAUGUAGAGAUGCUCCCAUACAAGGUUGGCGUGCUGCUCACAGAUCAGUAUCUGUGAGCUUGUAUCACACGCACGUGUCUGGAUUUUAUCUGCAUAGGUUUGAGAUGAAAUGCCACUUGCCCCUGUUGCUGUAGAACACAAACAACCAUACAAUGCAAAGCUGUUGUGAAGAAAUUACAAUUUGUACGAGGCACCGUGUGCUGCUGUGCUUUUAUUUCAGCAAUUUUAACUUUUGCUACAAGUAUACUGUUGCCUUUAUGGAUCCGUCAUUCCCCAAACCCCGACAGCCUCCCAGUCCUAUGCAGAUCCCCAAAGCACAAAGGUUUGAAUGACGACUUGUGAGUAAAACAGAAAGAAAAAAUGAAUUUUUCCUUCCAUUCUUUUUGUAUUUUUAUGUCUGUUUUUGGUCCGUUUUAUCUGUUUGAGGCUUUAAUGCGCUUUUGUAUUCUUUAUGUAUGAAUCUUCCCAUUCUCUGUCAACAUCAGAACCUUGUAUUACUGUGUAUUAGAACAAGAAAGACUCUUCACGUAUGACUGUGGCUUAACUCAACCGUGCAAAUGAAACAAUUCUGCUUGUGUAUGUGUGUGAUUGUGUAUAUACAUGCAUAUACAUAUAUCUAUCUAUCUAUCUAUAUAUAUAUAUAUAUAUAUGUAUAUGUACAUAUGGAUAGCUAUAUAAAUAGAUAUAUGUAUGUAUACUCUGCACGCUCACACACAUCUUACAGCUGUUCAGCAUGUGUACCUUUGAUGUUUUAGUAUUUCUUUUUCCUGGUUUUUAUUUCUGUGCGCUCCCAGUGUGCUUCAGAGAAACACUAUUUAAUACAAUAUUGGUACAUUAUUAUCACAAUUAUUAUUACAGUUAUCACUACCAUGAUUAUUAUUAAUAAACAUUUCUUUCCUCAGUA